AUGUUGGUGCAGGAACCUGAAGUAGAUAAACUCGAACAGCAAGGAAGGGACCGGCGUGGCAAGGAACGGGGAAAAUAUACGUACGAUGACCUGGACGAUGACGUCAAGAGGGCGGCGUGGGCGGAGCGCAUGGGGUACACGAAGAUAGGGAAACGGGUCCCGGAUGACGUCACUGUGGGGGACGUUGUUCGGACGUUCCCAAGGGAGGUGUACCAACUUGAUCACGGGAAGGCGUGGAGGGCACUGUUCACCACCGUUGCCGCCAUCUGCGUGUCGAUGACGCUGGUGGCAAUUUCGCCAUGGUAUCUGAAGCCCGUCUCGUGGUUCGUGGCGGGGACGGCAUGCACAGGGCUGUUCGUGCUAGGGCACGAGUGCGGCCAUCGAGUCUUCCAUCGCUCCCUGUGGGUGAACGACCUUGUGGGCCAUUUGGUGAUGACCCCCCUCAUUUUUCCGUACCACCCGUGGAGGCUCAGCCACACGUUGCACCAUCUGCACACCAACAAGCUGAGCAAAGACACAGGGUGGCAGCCGAUCAUGAAGGAGGCUGCCAGAGAUGCGGGGCCUGCCUUGCGCGUGGGAUUGAGGGCGGUGCUGGGAACGCCGCUCAAGUUGUGGCUGUCGGUGUACCACUGGAUCAACUGGCAUUUCAGUUUCGAAAAAUUUCCAAAGUACCAAAGCAAACACCUGGUGUACUUGAGCUGGGCGCUUGUGGCUGCAUUUGCCGGGACCCUGUGGCCUUGGCUCAUCGCCAACCACGGCAUACAGGGCUUCCUGGAUUUUUGGCUCAUGCCGUGGCUGGGAUACCACUUCUGGAUGAGCACAAUCACGAUGGUGCACCACACGGCGCCCCACAUCCCCUUCACGGAAGAGGAGGACUACCACGCGGCCAGGGCAAAGCUGGGAGGCACCGUGAAUUGCGAGUACCCGCGAUGGGUGGAGGCCCUGACUCAUGACAUAAACGUCCACAUACCCCACCAUCUGUCUUCGCGAAUCCCAUUCUACAAUCUGCGAGCUGCCACGGAGUCUCUGAGGCAGAAUUGGGGCCAGUACAUGACGGAGGGCCGGUUGAAUUGGAGGAUGAUGCGGAACUUACUCACGCAAGUCCAUCUGUACGACAAGGACAGUAGCUACGUGGCCUUCGACGCGGAUGGCGACAACGAGGAGGCGUUCCUGGCCUUGCAGCGACAAGUGUACCCAGACGCGAUGUGA